UCUCUAUCUCUACUCACAUUAUUUGCCCUUUAUAAACACCUCUUUUUUCCAAUUCUCAUUUCUAAAACAAAAUCUAUCUUUGUUCAAAACAUCUAAUACAGAUACAAAUACACAUACAUAUAUAUAGAGAGAGGUAGUUGUCGAUGGCGGAGAAACAAGUGAUGGUAGUAGGGAUCGACGACAGUGAACACAGCUUCUAUGCUCUGGAAUGGGUUCUUGAACAUUUCUUCAAUCCUCCUAAGAAUUCUGUUUUCAAGCUCGUUGUUGUUCAUGCUAAAAGUGCUCCUAGCUCUGUUAUUGGACUCGCUGGACCUGCAUCCGGGGAUGUUAUACCAAUAAUAGAAGCUGAUUUGAAGAAGGCUGCCCAAAGGGUUGCCGAAAAGGCUAAGUCUCUCUACAGUAGUAAAUCGGUGGAAGAUGCAACAGUGGAAGUGGUGGAUGGAGAUGCAAGGAAUGUUAUGUGCGAUGCAGUGGACAAACACCAUGCCUCUGUCUUGGUUCUUGGCAGCCAUGGUUAUGGAGCUUUCAAAAGGGCGGUUUUGGGCAGCGUGAGUGACUAUUGCUCCCACCAUGCUCAUUGCUCUGUGAUGAUUGUGAAGAAGCCCAAGGCCAAGCACUAAACACCCUCUCUCUCUCUCUCUCUCUCUCUCUCUCAUAAUAACUAGAUUUGAUAGAUAAUUUUUACAUUGAUAUAGAUGUGAGAUAAAAUGUGACUCUCACAUGCGCAUUUUAUCUUAUAUUUAUGUUUUAUAAUGUGAAAAUUAUCUGUAUACUUGAAUUUAUUCAUUGAGUAAGCACUUGUUAUCUAAUGUCUACUAUGCCCUUCUUCUUUUUUCUUUUUUUCUUUUUGUUUCCUUUGGCUAAUAGUACAAACAUGAAAAAAAUAUUUUAGUGGGAUGUGGGUUUUUGUCCAGAAUGAAUGCAAUGUGUUCUGUGCAUUUUUUUAAGAAUUUUUGUAUUUUUUGUAUUUUUGUUCUUCUUUGAGUUUUACUAGGUUGGGUUCUAUGUACCCCCAGUGAAAUAAUAAUA